AUGGACCCAAUCAAUGAUAUGACUUCAGCUGAUGCCGCACGGAUUCUAGAACUGUGGGAUAGACUCAACAACAGCACUCUAAUUGGAUGGUGGGCAUACAUAGAUGCAAAGGUUGAAUCCCGAAAUGCAUAUGAACGAACAUCACGCGUUGAUGCAACCCAGCAGACCGUGAGCGCAGAAUCUGUUGCGGGAGGCUCAUACACUUCCCAACAAUCACCACCUGCUGCUGCAACGCGGGCCGAAGGAUACUCUCCUAGCCCUGGAGUCGCCAACAAGCGCAAUUGGUUGCGCGCCCGCAAGGGCAAUCCGAUGGGUCGAUGCCAAGAAGCGCAAUUGGUUGCGCGCCCUGAAGGGCAACAGGAUGUGUCGAUGGAAAGGACAGUCCAAAAAGUCUCGAAUUCGGUUGCCUGCCUCUUUGAAGGGUGCACGACAAUCAUAAGAAUCGAUCGAUUGUCAAACCUGGAGGCACAUCUUAUAACACACAAUCCUAUGAAGGAGAUCGAAUGUACAGCAUGUGCACAACGGCAUAGCUACAAACGGGAUAAUGAGCUCAUCAAACACUUCAAAAGCACUUAUCCCGACAAGAAGUUCGAGCCGAACUUGCACAUGCGCAAGAAAACCGAAGCGGACAUGAAGAUGGAAGUGGAACGGUGCCCAUUUGUUUGCUCGAAGUGUAACAGUCUGUAUGGAACCUUGGAAGAGCUCGAGACACAUUAUCUCGCCAAGCACGGGCCGACACUACCGGAAAAGGCGAAGGUGCCCAGGAAUAGGGCGCAGAUUGAUAAGAAAUUGGAGGAGUGGGAAGAUUUCAAACGAUCGGCCGAGGCAUUCAAAAUGCUCCUUGAAGCCCAUCGUGAAGCCCGACGUGCAGCCCAACGUGAGGCGCCACAGACCCAACCAAGUGCGUCCAAACGAAAGCGAUCAUGA